AUGGGGGGAAAGCAAGAGCAAAAAGGAGAAGGUGGGAACAAGGAAGAAGGGAAGAAGGAAGAGAAAACCGAAGUAGAAAAAAAGAAUGCACCAAACUCGAAAGGAGAUAAUGUUGUCUUGGGUGUUUACAUACAUUGCGAAGGCUGCGAGACCAAGAUCAAAAAAAGCUUGAGAUGCUUUGAGGGUGUUGAAGAAGUUGAGGUUGAUCGGAAAAAUCAUAAAGUGAUUGUGAAGGGAAAAAAAUUGGAUCCAUGGAAGGUUUUGGAGAGGGUAGAAGGAAAAACACAAAAACAUGUGGAGUUAUUUUCUCCAAAAGUGCCUAGGGAUGCCAAAGAGAAGGUCGGAGGAAAAGCUGAAGCAACAAAGAAAUCAGAGGCUCAGGUGAUUGUCGUAGUUCUCAAAGUGUAUAUGCAUUGUGAAAGUUGUGCUCAUGAAGUCAAGAAAUGUGCAGAGAAGAUGGAAGGAGUUUCGAGUGUAGGAGUGGAUCAAAAGAAGUCGCAGAUGGUAGUGAAAGGCACAUUCGAUCCAUUGAAACUCGUCAAUUUCCUUUAUAGACGCACUGGGAAGCAUGUGGAAAUUGUGAAGCAGGAGAAAGUAGACGGCCAGCUUAGGGACAAAGGGGCUAGUGAGAACAGAGAGAUUCGAGAGAAGAAUGAAGGAGGCAAGGGAGAGUUAUUAUUCUACUACUACCCCCCUCCAGUUGUUGUGGAAAAAGCUUACCCGCCUCUAAUUUUCAACGACGAAGAUGCAAAUUCAUGUUCAAUUAUGUAA